AUGGCGUCCGGAUUCGGUUUCCACGGAGGUGUUCCUCGCUGUUUUGCUUUUUGGCAAGAAUUCUCCAAGUGCUACGCGCAGUCUGACACUCCGAGCCAGUGCCGACCACACGCGGACGACUACCUCGAAUGCUUGCAUCACACGAAUGAGAUUGCUAGAGCGAAGGCAAUCAAGGCCGAGUUUGUGAGGAAGGCGGAACAUCAGGCGCACGAAGGGCGAAAAGCGGCGGACAUCCUCGCAGAUGGCGUAAUUGUGGGUGUCGGAUUGAUCCAACGAAGUGGAGAGGGGCAGGGCAAGUAA